AUGGAGAAAGCUUAUUUCCUCUUCCUUGUAACCUUGGUUGCAAGCCUAGGCACAGCUUCCUCAAGUAUCACCAACGUUGUUGCCCAUAACAACAGCCGUGAUAAUGAUCUAGAUGCUCUUCUUGCCCUCAAGGCCACCAUUUCCGAUCCCCAGAACAUCCUUCCAAUCAAUUGGUCCACUUCUACCUCUGUUUGCAACUGGAUAGGAAUCACUUGUAACACUCGCCAUCGAAGAGUCGCUGCCAUACAACUGCCUACAAUGGGCUUAGUCGGAACCAUACCUCCACAGUUGGGGAAUCUCUCAUUCUUAGUCUGGCUGAACCUUCAAAACAAUAGCUUCCAUGGAAAUCUUCCAACUCAGCUGGUUCAUUUGCGUCGACUCAAGUACUUCAACUUGGCAUUCAAUAGCUUUGAUGGUGAAUUUCCAUCAUGGUUGGGAGCUUUAUCUCGACUUCGUUAUCUUUCGUUCCAUAGUAACAGAAUUUCAGGUUCAUUGCCACCAACGCUGUCUAAUGCAACAACGUUAGAGACCAUAAGGUUGGGUCUGAACCUCAUAACUGGAAAUCUGCCUCAAGACUGGAGUGCUUUACAGAACUUGGAGGACCUUGACAUGCAAAGCAAUAGACUUGAUGGCUCCUUGCCUCGGUCUUUAUUUAACCUCUCGUCAUUGCAGCACUUUCGGUUUACGAAUAAUACCUUAUCCGGUUACCUUCCAGUACGUAUCUGCGAUCAUCUCCCACAACUCGUAGGGCUUUAUCUGUCGAGGAACGAGUUUAACGGCGAAGUUCCAGCUGGUAUUGGAGGUUGUCCGAGGCUUCAAAUCUUGUCCUUGUCAUACAAUAAUCUGGCAGGAAAUAUUCCAAAAGAAAUUUGGAAUCUAACUACGCUUUGGGGGCUAGCUCUAGGAGAAAACGAUAUUCAAGGUCAAAUCCCAGCAGAAAUUGGCAAUAAUACUAAUUUGGAGGUCCUAGGCAUAGAGGAUGCUAAUCUCACAGGUGUUAUACCUCGUGAGAUUGGUAACCUACACAAAUUGGAGGUACUAUACUUGGGCAAAAAUAGGUUAAGAAAUCCUAUCCCACAUGAGCUAUUCAACAUUUCAACUCUUGGGGCAUUGUGCAUACCAGAUAAUGAUUUUUCGGGCAUUCUUCCUUCCACUUUAGGUGUUAAUUUACCCAAUCUUGAGGUGCUUAAUCUUGGGAGCAACAAAUUCACUGGAAUUAUACUACCAACACUCUCCAAUGCCUCCAAAUUGAUGAGUCUAGACUUGACAGUAAAUGAAUUUUUUGGUGCAAUUCCUGACUCUCUUGGCAGCCUAACAUUCCUAGAAGCCUUGGAUCUUUCGGAAAACAAUUUUACUCUAUCUAGAGAUAUGACCUUCUUCAAUUCUAUAGGAAAUUGCAGGUCUUUGAUUAGGUUGUCGCUAGACGAAAAUCCACUGAAUGGAAAUCUUCCAGUGUCUAUUGGAAAUCUUUCCAACUCUCUUGAAUCAAUUGAUGUGUCUUAUUGUGGAAUUGGAGGUGAAAUUCCAAGGUCACUAGGCAACUUGAGCAACUUGGCGUAUUUGAACAUAGCAAGCAAUGGCUUGACAGGAACAACCCCAAGUUCCAUCUCAGGUUUACUAAAACUUCAGUGGAUAAGUCUUGAAGAUAACAAGAUACAUGGACCAAUUCCAAGUGAGUUUUGUCAUAUUCCCAACUUAGCAUACUUAAUUUUGGCAAGAAAUAGGCUAUCUGGCAAAGUGCCCAAUUGCAUAGGGAGCAUUUCUUCAUUGAGAUAUCUUUAUUUAAACUCCAACAAUCUAACAUCUAGCGUACCAUCAAGCUUGUGGAGCCUUAAGGAUCUGUUGGAGCUUGACUUGUCCAUGAAUUAUCUCAAUGGGUCUUUGUCCUCCCAAGUUGGAGGUAUGAAGGCAUUGAUCAAACUGAACCUAUCAGUUAAUCAGUUAUCUGCUGAUAUUCCUAGCACAAUUGGGGCGCUACAGAAUUUACAGGCACUUUCCUUAGGGCAUAAUAACCUACAAGGGUUAAUUCCAGAGUCCAUCAAGAAUAUGUUUGUUUUGCAGUACUUGGAUCUGUCAUUCAACAGUUUAACUGGUACGAUACCUAAAUCACUGGAGGCACUCUUGGAUCUUCAGUAUUUGAAUGUUUCCUUCAACAAUCUACAAGGACCGAUUCCUCAAGGAGGACCUUUUAAGAACUUCACACUCCUAUCCUUUCUUGCUAAUGAAGCAUUAUGUGGUACUCCUUGGUUCCAACCUUGUCAAACUUCUCAACACAGAUCAAAGAAAAAGAUGCUCUUGCUUGUGUGCCUGCCAACAGGAUCUGCUGUCCUAGCCUUGGCCGUUUCACUUUUGUUGCUGAAAAGGUUGACAAGAAAUAAAACUAUGGCUCCCGUUCAUGAUAUUUUUCCAGAAACAACACAUCAAAGGGUUCCCUACCAUGAACUUCAACGAAUAACAAAUGGUUUCAGCGAGAAUAACUUGCUUGGAUCUGGGACGUUUGGUUCAGUUUACAAAGGGGUGUCUGCAAAUGGGAUGAUUUGGGCUAUAAAGGUAUUUGAUAUGCAGCUUGAGGGCAUAUUGAAAGCUUUUGACACAGAAUGUGAAGUCUUAUGCCGCCUUCGUCACAGAAAUUUGAUCAAAGUAAUCAGUGCUUGCUCUAAUCAAGACUUUAAAGCUUUGAUACUAGAAUUCAUGCCUAAUGGAAGUCUGGAGAAAUGGCUUCAUCUUGGCCACCAUGUCCUGAGUAUCAUGCAAAGAUUGGACAUCAUGAUUGAUGUGGCUCACGGGUUGGAAUAUCUUCAUUAUGGGUAUUCAUUUCCAAUAAUUCAUUGCGAUUUGAAACCUAGCAACAUUUUACUAGAUGAAGAUAUGGUAGGUCAUGUUAGUGACUUUGGGAUUGCUAAAUUGCUGGGAGAUGAAGAAAGCCGUGUUCAAACAAACACUCUGGCCACAAUUGGGUACAUCGCUCCAGAGCAUGGACUAGAAGGACUAGUGUCAACUAGGUGCGAUGUAUACAGUUUUGGCAUUACCAUGAUUGAAGCAUUCACUGGAAAGCGACCAAAGGAUGAGAUGUUCAAGGAAGAGCUAAGCAUUAGGCGUUGGAUCGAAGAAUUAUUGCCAGGUUUUGUAGAUCAAGUUAUCGAUGUGAAAUUACUUCAUCUAGAGGACAAACAAGCCGAGGAAAACAAAGCUUGUGUAUCAUCUAUCUUGCAGCUUGCUUUAAGAUGCACUUCAGAUGUCCCAGAGAACAGGAUCAACAUAAAAGAUGCCGUCACAACACUUGAGAAGAUCAAAACUCAGUUUUUCCAAAGAAAUUAG